AUGGGGCUUCCCCUUACAUGAAAGUUUGUCUUUUACUUAAGUUUUUUUUUAAGUUUAAAGUUGAUAAAGGGGCAUAAACUCUAUUAAUGACAAGCGGUCAAAGUCAAGCAAGUAUUUUUGACGUGGAUGAUAAAGUUAACAAUGUAAAGCCAAAAUCUAUCGCUGGGCUUACUGCAUUCGGCAUAGUGACAGGAGUGACUGCUGGAUUGUUUGUUUUUACAACUCCCUUUAUUUCUCCUGCCCUAAGAAAGAUAUGUCUACCAUACGUACCAGCAUCCAGCAAACAGAUUCGUAAUGUUAUUAAAGCUCUUCAUUCACCUUCAAAGUUAGGACACACAUUGGUUGACAUUGGAAGUGGAGAUGGUAGAAUUGUGUUGGAAGCAGCUAAAUAUGGAUAUCAUGGGAUGGGGUAUGAACUAAAUUUGUGGCUUGUGGUUUAUAGCAAAUUUCAAGCUUUACUACAAAAAGGCAAAAUAUCAGGUUCUGCCAAUUUUAAGAGAGUUGACCUUUGGAAAGCAGAGUAUGCACAAUAUGAUAAUGCUGUUGUGUUUGGAGUAGAUCAAAUGAUGCCAAGACUGGAAAAGAAGUUGCUUCAAGAAAUGCAACCGGGAACAAAACUUGUGGUUUGUCGUUUCCCUUUUCCCAACCUUGAAGUUUCUGCCACCCAUGGUGAAGGGGUUGACACAGUUUGGACAUAUUUUCUACCAAAAGUUGUCACGAACUAACCCAUGGUUUGAUAUUAGUUUUAUUGACUAAAUCAACUUAUGCUAUGUUGUUUAUUGUAUUGUGAAAUGCAAAAACUCUUUUACAGCAAAGUGGUUUUGUAGUUGAUAUAAUAUGACAAUAUAAGGUCGAUGUAGCA